AUGGCAGUGCAGAUUCUAAAGAACGCUUGGAGACUAAGGCAACUCCUUAUCGUUGUUCUAGCACCGAUUCUUCUUCUUCCUAUUGUAUUCGCUGCUGAAGGAAAGGAAUCAAAAUGUGGCUACAUUAUAUUGUUGGUGGCCAUAUUUUGGAUCACGGAGGCUUUACCAAUUGCAGUUACAGCCCUUCUGCCAGUGAUUUUGUUUCCUAUGGUUGGAAUAAUGAACGCAAAAGACAUAUCAACAGCUUAUGUUAACGACACAUCGAUGCUCUUCGUUGGCGGACUCAUUCUCGCAUAUGCGAUAGAACAAUGGAACAUCCACAAGUUAUUUGCCUUGCGAGUUCUGCUUUGGUUUGGAUCAGAACCUCAUUGGCUUAUGCUUGGGAUGAUGCUACCUACCUGGUUUCUCUCUAUGUGGAUGAGUAACACUGCCACCUCCGUCAUGAUGCUACCAAUUGCUAAUGCUGUUCUACAGCAACUGAAAACUAUCCGUAUUGCUGAAGAGGACAUAGGGAUAGAAGAUGCUAGCCCAACGUUUCAUCAAAAUACACAACAUAAGGCUGGAGAAUUGUAUGACAAUGAUAUUUUUGAGACAGAAAAUGGAAGUGAAUCCAACCAGGAAAGACAGGCUGAUAAAACGCACCUUAAUUUAUGCAAGGCUCUGUCGAUGUCAAUAUGUUAUGCGGCAAAUAUAGGUGGGAUAGCAUCGCUAACCGGAACUGGAGUAAAUGUUAUUAUGAAAGGACAAACCGAUAUAUCUUUGUGCAAAAAACAGUCGAAAGAAAUAUCCAUUGGAAUAAGGAAUGUUCUCCUACGAGAAUAUCAAGACCUGGGCUCAAUAACAUUUGCUCAGGGAGCAGUGAUAGGGCAUUUUGUCGCAAUGUCCUUACUUUGGAUCACUCGUGAUCUCGGCGGAGUUGGUGGAUGGAAAAACGUGUUCCCUGAAAAGACUGUGACGGACUCUACGCCAUGUAUUUUGGUUGCCUGCAGUCUCUUCUUCUUUCCGGCCAAUCUGCCGGAAAUAUUGCGCUGUGGAUUGAACAGAACAGUGACAGCCAAACCUCUUAUAACCUGGAAACAGGCCGAGAGGAAUAUAUCAUGGGGAAUUAUUUGGUUAUUCGGUGGCGGGUUUGCAUUAGCCAAAGGAAGUCAGGAAACUGGAUUGUCAGAUUGGAUAAGUCAAAAACUGUCGGUCUUCGGUGGACUGGAGAUAUGGUUACUGAACAUCGUCCUAUGUUACAUCGUCGCAGCGUUCACAGAGGUGACUAGCAAUAGUGCAACUGCCACUCUCAUGCUACCAAUAGUGGCACGACUGGGUUUGAAGCUGGAAGUGAAUCCACUUUACUUGGUGCUCCCUGUAACUAUAGCAGCUUCUAUAUCAUUUAUGCUACCAGUGGCGACACCACCAAAUGCUGUUGUGUUUUCUUAUGGAUAUGUCAAAGUUAUCGAUAUGAUAAAAACUGGACUCCUUAUGAACAUUGUUCCUAUUCCCAUAGUUGUGUUCUUGACGGAGUAUCUUGGAAAUAGCAUAUUUGAUCUGAAGACCUUUCCAAUGGGAUUCAAAAAUUCAACAGCUCUGAUAUAG